AUGAUCUUGCAUUUCCGGGGGAGAGACCUGUAUGUAAACAAUACAGAUCUCUCCUCUGUCAGCUCCUGCCCACUGCUUUUUAUGGCUCUGCAGCCAUACAAAGCAGUGUGCUUACAGUGAACACACACACACAGCCCACAUAGUAAAACAGCACACAUAUAAUCCUUUGAUCGCCCCACAUGUUAACCCCUUCCUGCCCAGUGUCAUUAGUACAGUGUCAGUACUUUUUAUUAGCAUUGAUCACUGUAUUGGUGUCACUGGGGAUGUCAGUGACACCAAAUCAGUUCCCUCCAGUGUCAGAAUGCCCACCGCAGUCCCGCUAUAAGUCGAUGAUUGCCGCCAUUACUAGUAAAAAAAAA